UUGCAGAAACCGCCCGCCCGCGCCGCUCCUUUUUGGUUGGGAGGCGCCCGCCCGCACUACCCGCCCGCCUUCUCCGGGAGCGCUCUCCCGGCCCGGCCGCCUCAGAGAAAGUUUUUGUCGUCGGGAGGGACCGGAGGCGCCGCGAGCCUUUGGGAAGGGAAGGAGGACUGAAGAGGAGGCUCCAGCCGCGCGGGCCCGGCGAGUGCAUGGUUCCCGGCGCCUCGGCUGCCUGUCAGGAGGACAUCGGGGCGGGGUCGGGCUGAGCCCAGCUCCUUCUUCCCGCGGGCUCGCCAGAAAUCACCCUCCCGGACUGCCGCGGGGCGUCCCCGCUCCUCAGCCCGCCAUGUCCCGGCUGCUGCCGCUGCUGAGGAGCCGGACCGCGCGCAGCCUGAGGCCGGGCCCGGUCGCCGCGCCCCGCCCGCCGUCCUGGUGCUGCUGCGGGCGGGGGCUGCUGGCGCUCGCGGCCGCGGGCGGCCCCCGGGAGCUGGGCACCCACCCCAAGAAGGAGCCCAUGGAGGCGCUGAACACGGCGCAGGGCGCGCGCGACUUCAUCUACAGCCUGCACUCCAGCGAGAGGAGCUGCCUGCUCAAGGAGCUGCACCGCUUCGAGUCCAUUGCCAUCGCCCAAGAAAAAUUGGAAGCUCUACCACCCACCCCAGGACAGCUGAGAUAUGUAUUCAUCCACAAUGCGAUACCUUUCAUAGGGUUUGGCUUUUUGGAUAAUGCAAUUAUGAUUGUUGCAGGAACCCAUAUUGAGUUAUCUAUUGGAAUUAUUUUGGGAAUUUCAACUAUGGCAGCUGCUGCUUUGGGAAACCUUGUGUCAGAUUUAGCUGGUCUUGGACUUGCAGGCUAUGUUGAAGCUUUGGCUUCCAGGUUAGGCCUAUCAAUUCCUGAUCUCACACCAAAGCAAGUUGACAUGUGGCAAACACGUGUUACUACACAUUUGGGCAAAGCUGUUGGGGUGACUAUUGGCUGCAUUCUAGGAAUGUUUCCUUUGAUUUUCUUUGGAGGAGGUGAAGAUGAUGAAAAACUGGAAAAGAAAAAUUAACUCUCUUAGGAUACCUAUAAAAAGAUGUAAACUAAUGUACCUCAAUUAUUAAAUAUGCUGUCACAACAUUUAGGAAUUAAGACAGUAACAGUGCAUAGAUAUGGGAUCAACUAAUUCAGCAUGUAUUAUGGAAAACACUAACUUAUUGUGGCUUGGUUUUCUUAGGACAUCUUUUUAAAAAAACUUUUGUGUAAAUUGUUGAAAUGCUUUUUCAUCAAUGGCAGUCAACAUUUUACCUUUUCAUUUUCUUUCUUUAUAUACCAAAAUAUCAUUUAAGUAUCAGUCAUUGUUGUGCUGUGCUGACUUGGGGUUUGCCUAUUUGUUACUUACCAUGUGUACAUGCAUGAAAGCAUUUUCUGUUGUUGUUCCCUUAUAGUUACAAUUCAACCUUAAGAUUUUUUCCAGAUUACUUAAGAUGUUUAACAUCAGUUAAAUAUUUUUUUUUACUCUUUUUGGCAACAUCAAUUUUGUACUGUUUCACAGUAAACAUUUACAA